CGGCUGAUGCACUAGUUAUAUUUAUGAUGAAAAGAUGAGGGCGAAAUUUGUUCCGGGUAUCGAAGGAGUAGAGUACGGGAAAAUUGGUCACUGCGGUUCUAGGGUUUGUGCAGAUAAACGAUGACGGCGAAAUUUGUUCCGGCUAUCGAUUUCGGCGAAUGUGUCUCUUCUCCCCAUCCGCCUCCACCUAAAAAAGCUGCUGGGGUUGAAAUCGAAGCUGAAGAAGCAAUAGAUUUCGGCGAAUGUCUUUCUAUCCCCCAACCGCCUCCACCUAAAAAAGCUAGGGUUGAAAUCCAAGCCGAAGAAGCCUGCGACGAGUUUACCAAAAGCGAGGCUAUUGAUUUUGUCGAAUGCCUUCCGCCUAUAAAAUCUAGGGCUGAAAUCGAAGCUGAUGAAUUUGAAGAAGCAUGCGUCAAGUUUUUCGAAGAGAUUUCGAUAAGCGAUGGGUUUGAUAUUGAAACUUUUCCGGAUCCGUCUAGAAUUCUUUGUGGUGGUAUGGUAAAGGUCGUUUUUGAUCUUGAACACCUAUGCUCUCAAGUUCACAGAGACUGGUCCCUUCCCUUUUUGGAUGCAUUUUCUCCCUCAACUAUGCAAUUUCCAAAGAGAACCAAACACAGAAAAAGAAACUGACAUUAGAGAAGAUUAUCAAGUCGAUUUAUCGAGCAGGUGAUGAGUUUUUCACCACCUUCCUGGCUAAAGAUGAAGUUACAGGAGAAUCCAAAAUCUAUCAGACCCAAGUCGGGUUUAGUCUUCGCAAUGCCGAAACUGAAGUUGAAAUAUUUAGAGAGAGAGCAGACCAAGCACUCCAGCCGGGGGAGGACGCACAGGGUGUUGAUAUGGAACUCUUCCCAAACCUUCCUGCCCCAGAUGCCGCUCUUCGCUCGGCCAAACUUGAUAUAUAUGCAGUGAAUGAAGAUUCAUAUUAUUUAUCCCUGUGCUAUAUGUCCGUUAGAUUUUUUCUAAGAGAAAAGGCCGAAAGGGAGAACAAGGGUUUCCUCCUUGUGGAAAUUAUUAAGUCGGUCUAUGGGGCAGAUCUAAUAUUUCGCACAACCUUCAAGGCGGAAGAUGUGGAUACAGAUGAGCUCAAAACAUUCGAUAUUGAAGUGUUUUUCAACAUGAAGAAUGGUGAACUGGAAUUGCUUAAAUCUGCAGAGUAGUUGAAUGUCUUACUCAAUUUAGGGAUCUUUCGGCAGCAGCAAUUAGUGGGCAGUUGCUUGUUGAAAUUCUAAUUAUAAGCAAAUGAUGGAUACAUGCUCUAUUAUGCUCUAUUUAAAAAAGUCUUCACUUCUUGCUUGUCGAUUAAAAAUUAUUUUAAGCUGAUUAACUGAUUGAGGUGAGUGAUUUAUCUCUUGUUAGAACUAAUUUGUAGAUUAGGAUUGGUCAGUAUAUUUUCAUUCAAUUGGAGUUGAAUUUCUGGUAUUAGU